UGUGGCUGAUCAAAUUCUGUGUUAUAUUGGCGUGGUUGGUGAUUAUCGUGGAGUCCAGCAUCCAACGGGUGCCCAGAAAAAUGACAACGAAAAGUGAUAGAAAACGAUAUACCGUGAAAUUAAGACAAUACGGUUCCAAUGAAUAUGACAAUUUUAUUGAUUCUCUGGAAGAUUACGCAGCUUUUAGUGAAUAUGCUGACUAUGCCGACAACUAUAAUAUAAGAGGGAUUCAGAAACCUUACAAGAAGCCCAUGAAGAAUUAUCAACCGGUAUACAUUCGACCCAAACCAGCUCCCAUUAUUCGAAAAAUGCAUCAUUUACCCGUGAAUCAAAGAAUUGUAAGCGUACGUUACAGCUUCUCUGACCUUUUGAAAAACUUUUUGCUCACUCUGAUAACACUGGGGAUACCAGUCGCUGCGUUUCCGUUCCUGGUAUUGGCAGUGAAGGUGCUGUGUGGCGUGAAGCUAUUGGUAAUUGCCAACGUAAUCGUCUUUGGUCUCCUAGCUGCAAAGUAUAAAUAUCACCACCACAAUUGGUCACCAUCAUCUGGAUCCAGCCUUUUAGCAAUCACCCAGCCGAUAACAACUGUAGUCAACACUCCUGUGCAGCAACAACAGCAACAGAAUUGGGGCUACACGUAUCCUUGGUGGCCAUUCUAUAAUAGUAGUUGCAUUUUUUGCUAUCCUUAUUAUAAUAACAGCGACCAGAAUGAUGAUACUGAGUUAACUGCAAACUCCAAACAUACUCGAAGUAACGUCAAUCUAAUAAAUCUUUUAAGGCACGAAAAGAAUGUGAACGAGAGUUGAGCCAUAAAUAUACA